ACCACGGAUAUUUCUCCUCUUUCCCGUCCCUUGCCGCUUCCCCUCUCCUCUCAUUCCUCUGCUCUCGCAGCUCUGUCGCUCUCUCCAUCCUACCCCGUUUUCUCUUGUCUUACCCCUGCGUCGCCUCUUCCCCUCUCCUCUCUCGGUCUCUCGUUCCUCUCCUCUCUUGCUCUCUCUCGGUCUCUCGUUCCUCUCCUCUCUUGCUCUCUUGUUCUGUCGUUCCUCUCCUGUCUCGCUCUCUCUUUCUUCACACGGAGGACUUCAGGCACCAUCUUCAACUGGAAAUUUCUGUUCUUCCCUCUUGGCUGCUCCUUUACUAAGUCAGUGCCCGAACGACAUCCACUGAUUGAAUGUCUAUAACAGCCGCAAGAAAUUCAUGUACGACUGUGGUGUGUUCAGACAGUCUCCGUUCGAAUAAACUCAGCGUUUUGCAGGGCAUAUGACAGUGGGCCAGAAUGGUAAAAAUGAGGGAUAGGGUCUCCAUGUUGGUGGCUAGAGCAUCAGUUAAGAUUUUUCAUGUGUUUCAGUGCAGGCUCGCAGGGCGUUAGGUCUUAUUUUUUUGUUCAGAUUGUGUGAAAAGUUAAUUAGUUCGAAUUUUGUAAUAGCCCAUUGAAUGUUGUAUUUUUACUAUUAAUAUUUGACAAUAAAGUUGUGAGUUUAUAUUUGGAGAGAGAGAGAGAGGCUUGUAGGGUUUCUCUGGUGUCGCACAGAGAGAGAGAGAGAGAGAGAGAGAGAGAGAGGUGCUUGGAGAAGAUGGCAGCAAUGAGGGAGUCGGAUCCAUCUCUGGGGUACUUGACGAAGAAGGAGACUGAGGUGAAGCUGCCCAGGCCAACAAGGGUCAAGAACAAGACGCCGGCGCCCAUUCAGAUCACAGCUGAGCAGCUCCUUCGGGAAGCACGGGAGCGGCAGGAGGCAGAGAUCCGCCCUCCCAAGCAGAAAAUUACAGAUGCCUCCGAGCUUGCCGACUACCGCCUCCGAAAGCGCAAGGAGUUCGAGGACCUCAUCCGCCGCGUUCGGUGGAACACCAGUGUCUGGGUCAAGUAUGCCCAAUGGGAAGAGAGCCAGAAGGACUUCGCCCGCGCCCGCUCUGUUUGGGAGCGAGCCCUCGAGGUGGAUUAUCGGAAUCCGACGCUAUGGCUCAAGUACGCAGAGGUUGAGAUGAAGAACCGCUUCAUCAACCAUGCUCGGAACGUUUGGGAUCGUGCGGUACAGUUGCUUCCCCGCAUCGAUCAGCUGUGGUACAAGUACAUCCACAUGGAAGAGAUGCUCGGCAAUGUCGCGGGAGCGAGACAGAUUUUUGAGCGGUGGAUGGCUUGGGAACCAGACCAUCAUGGUUGGGCAGCGUACAUCAAGUUUGAAUUGCGGUACAAUGAGGUUGGGCGGGCUAGAGAGAUAUAUGAGAGGUAUGUUCGGUGUCAUCCAACGGUGAAAUCCUGGAUUAGAUUCGCAAAGUUCGAGAUGAAGAAUGGGGAGGUUGCUAGGGCACGGAACUGCUAUGAACGCGCGAUUGAACGGCUGGGGGAGGAUGGGCAGACGGAGGAGUUGUUCGUCGCAUUUGCUGAGUUUGAGGAGCGGUGCAAGGAGAUUGAGAGGGCAAGGGUAAUCUACAAAUAUGCGCUUGAUCACAUCCCUAAGGGUCAAGCUGAAGAAUUGUACAGGAAGUUUGUCACCUUUGAGAAGCAGUAUGGUGAUCGAGAGGGGAUAGAGGAUGUCAUAGUGGGGAAGCGGAGAUUCCAGUAUGAGGAAGAGAUUGCAAAGAAUCCACUCAACUAUGAUACUUGGUUUGAUUAUGUCCGCUUGGAAGAGAACGCUGGCAACAAAGAAAGGAUAAGGGAAGUGUAUGAACGAGCAAUUGCCAAUCUGCCCCCAGCCGAAGAGAAGAGAUAUUGGCAAAGAUACAUUUACCUGUGGAUUUACUAUGCUGUUUUUGAGGAACUUGAGGCUCAAGACAUGGACCGGACACAAGAAGUUUACAGAGAAUGUCUAAAAUUGAUUCCCCACAAGAAAUUUACAUUUGCGAAGAUGUGGAUGAUGGCUGCGCAGUUUGAAAUCCGACAAAAAAAUCUCAAGGCUGCACGCCAGGUGUUAGGAAAUGCAAUUGGGAUGGCACCAAAAGAUAAAAUAUUUAAGAAGUACAUAGAAAUUGAAUUGCAACUUGGAAACUUCAACCGCUGCCGGACUCUGUAUGAAAAAUAUCUUGAAUGGGCUCCUGCAAAUUGCUAUGCUUGGAGUAAGUUUGCUGAACUGGAAAGGUCCCUAGGUGAGACAGAACGGGCCAGAGCAAUUUUUGAACUGGCAAUAGCUCAACCUGCAUUGGAUAUGCCUGAACUGCUAUGGAAGGCAUACAUAGACUUUGAGAUAGCUGAGGGUGAGCCUGAUAGAACGAGGCAGCUAUAUGACAGGUUGCUUGAUCGCACAAAGCAUUUGAAGGUGUGGAUUAGUUAUGCCAUGUUUGAGGCUACUUCUGGUAUAGAAGAAGAAACCAAUGAAAUUGAGAUGCAAGAUGAAGCACUUAUUGAGCAGCGACUUUUGCGCUCUCGUGGUGUAUUUGAAAGGGCUUUUGACUACUUCAGAACAUCUGCCCCUGAACAAAAGGAAGAGAGAGCUAUGCUUCUAGAAGAGUGGCUGAAUAUGGAAAGUAAGUUUGGCAGUAUUGGUGAUGUUAGUCUGGUCCAGAAGAAGUUACCGAGAAAGGUCAAAAGGAAGAGAGCUAUUGUUACUGAAGAUAGUACCCCUGCUGGGUACGAAGAGUAUUAUGACUAUAUAUUUCCCGAUGAAGUGGCAAUGGCACCGAACCUUAAAAUUUUGGAAGCUGCUUAUAAAUGGAAAAAACAGAAGGUUGAUGACGAAGAUUGACAUUCGUACCUGUCUUUGGUGGCUUCUGUCUUUGGUGGCUUCUCCCCAACUUAUGGUGCAACUAGGGGUUUGAUGCCCUUUUUGGUCAGCUGAAAGGUUCUUGGCUGCUUCUCGGUGGAAAGUGCGUAUCCUCUCGUGACUUGCCCAAGUCUGAGCUGGCACAGAUGUCAUGUGGAACGAACUCCUGCACACUGGCAUGAAGUGAAGUUCCAAGUAUUGCGACGUAUCAUAUGCAAUUCAGGCAAGUCUUGAAGAGAGAACAUCGAACAUGGUUAAGAUUUGUUUAAUUAGUAGAAUUACUUGGAGAAUGAACCAUUAGAUGGCUAUGAUCAGGAAAGAAUGGCCUAGAGUUGCUUACUGUAUAUCUUGAUUUACGGAUGCAGUUAACUUACCAUAUUUUUCGUAAUCAAAGAGCAACAUCUGAUUACUUUA